AUGGAUGUUAGCGCACUUAUAGCCAGGCGAGCACAGCACCGUCUCGCUGGGCCGAGCAGCCAGUGCAUGCCGCCGUCGUCCGUCCGGUCACGCUCGCAUUGCAGCCGCAGAGCUCCAAGCCAUGCGGGGUCCCGGGCACGCGCAACGGGAGUUUGCCGGUCAACGGGCAAGACGGUGACGCCCUCUCCGCUAUUCGAGGAGGUGGCUCGCGACGACGGCUACUUGCGGGUUGUGGAUUCUAACUCAGCACACCCCGAUUACGAUGAUCCGGACUGGAUAUCAAAGGUCGAAGAUUGGCAGGAGUUUUGGAAUUAUCAGAACUGGGAGCUGGAGGUGGAGGACCUCGAGACGGAGGAAGGCAACAUGGCCGGACCCAUCGAGGCUUUGCGUCGCGCAGAAAAGCUCAUCGACGCCUUCACCGAAAUGGAUAUGCGCACGGACAUCGUGAACUGGAUGUCAAGCCCGCACUCAGAGGACGGUUACGAAGAGGAUAAAUGGAUAAACCCGCCGAUGGACGCGGAGCGUCCCGAUCCAAACCCCACGUUGUUGCCCUGGGACCUGCGUGCAAUGGCAGAGAAGCGCCAGCAGCGCGCGAUGCUCGACGCAGAGUGGCGCCGUCGCCAGUCUCGCAUCGGCAAGCUCACCUACCCUCACAUGGAUCAGCACCGCGACGUCCGCGUACAGCGCCUCACGGGCGACGGCUAUCGCUACGACUGGACAGAGGAGGAAAUCCGCCAGCUCAUCGUCAAUAACGGUCUUGCAUGCCGGCCUGAGGAUCACGGCGCGAUAGUGGAAAAUCCAUUGGCCGUACAGGACUACCACGCGCUAGGGGUCCAUUACAUUGAGGAGACGGAGGAACUGCUCGAGCGCACCGGGCACUUGGCGCCGCGUGAUUACCGGGUACAAUACGACCGGGAGUUCAUUUUGCACGGGGAGGACUACGGCGAGGAUGAGGAUCAGCUAGAGUUGGAUGCGCUGACUGAGCAGGCGGAGCAUGAGGGCAUGCUGGAGGCGCUGGGGAUGGUUGGACUUGAUGAGGAUGACAUUGAUGUGGAGGAGGAUGAGUACGUGGGGGAUGUGGGGGAGGACGAGGAGGAAGCGGACGAGGAGGAAGACGACGACGAAUGA